UUGGUAUCUUCUGUCCUCCGCGCUUUGGUCACACUGCUUUCCAGAGUAAUAGAGGAAUAAAGAAGUAAAACUGGCUCGCGAUGCGUGCGGCAUAGAAGUCGUCACCCUUCCCCUUUGGAACCCCGAACCCCCGACAAUACACACACUCACACACCUAUGAAGGCGCCCCCGAAGAAGAAUACUGCUCAUAAAUAUUAAUUAAGCCAAAAACAAACAAGAAAAGCAACAAGAGAAAAACAAAAACAAAAGGAAAAAAAAUUAAUAUAAAGAAAUCAAUAGAGCGGCAAAAAAGCGCCGACGGACGACGGGAGGCGAUAAAAAGUGUUAUCAGUGUGAAUUAAAUUGCUGCCCCGCCAGAUAGAGGAGGCAGAGGCGCCGGAGGAGGAGAAGGUGGCGUCGCUGUCGACGUCGGCGUCAGCCGCCAGCGUUGCAGAUUGAGAUCGGGAUCAGGAGCGGCAGAGAGGAAUCUAAGAAGCACCCAGCACAAUCAUGUCGGUGCAGCAGUUCUGCCUGCGCUGGAACAACCACCAGCCGAACUUUAUCUCGGUGUGUUCCUCCCUUCUGCACAAUGGCACCUUGGUGGACGUCACGCUGGCCGCCGAGGGACGGCAACUGCAGGCGCACAAAAUAGUCCUGUCCGCAUGCAGUUCGUACUUUCAGGCUUUGUUCACCACAAAUCCGUGCCAACAUCCCAUUGUUAUCCUCAAGGACGUGCAGUACGAUGACUUGAAAACUAUGGUCGAUUUUAUGUACUAUGGCGAGGUCAAUGUGUCGCAGGAGCAGCUGCCCCACAUCUUGAAGACCGCCGAAAUGCUGAAGAUUAAGGGUUUGGCGGAGAUGCCCACGGAUCCGGCCAAUCUAACCAAAUCUGAUAGCAAGUCCUCUAGCGACGGCACGGAGUUGGUGGGUGGUGCCGGCAGUGGCGUGGGUGCAGGAGCCGGGAACUCGGCUGGCAGCUUGGGAGCGGUUAGCGGCAGUAGCAGCGUCGGCGAUUCGCUCUGGAGCAGUAGCGAAGCGCAGCAGUUCCAGCAGCAGCAACAGCAGGCGCAGCAGCAGCAUCAUCACCACCAGCAACAACAACAGCAGCUGCAGCAGCAACAGCAGGCGGCGCAACAGCAGGCGCAGGCGCAGCAGCAUCAUCACCACCACCACCAUCAGCAGCAGCAGCAACAGGGACAGACCCAGACGGGGCAGACGCACCACCAUCAAAUGCGACGCACUCCGUCACCAUUGAGCGCCGGCACAUCACCUGCCACAAGGCGCAAGCGGCUGCGUAAAUCCUCGAAUAACGGCUCUGGCGAACGAAACAAUACCGAGGAGCAGCACCACAACAGCUCUCUGGACGCGGGCAGUGGCACCGGCAAUGCUGGCCUCAGUCUCGCCCAGAUGAGUCAAAUGUCCUUCGGCGCUGGCGGUGGCCUUGCCGGACAUUCGCUGCACGCGGCCAAGCUGCUAAAGGAAUCGGCGAAUGCCGACCUGGAGCAGCAGCCUCAGGACUCGGAUCUGGACGAUGGCCAUGGACACAUACAUAUGCAAAUUAAACCCGAAGUGGAUAUUGGCGGCGUGAAUCAAACGAUGCCUCUGGACAUCUCUGGCGCCACCACACCAUCGGAGCACGAUGCGCCCAACUCUCAAUCGUCUCACUCGGAACCGAGUCCAGCACAUGCUCCUCAUCCGUCACAUCCGCCAUUGGCGGCUGCCACCAGCAGCAGCAGCGGUGGCAGCGGCAGCUUUGAGCGUUCCUUCAGCAUCGGUGGCGUUGGCAGCGGCGACAAUUGCGAUCCGGACGCCACGCCUAGUUCGCCGGUGGUGAUGGGCACGAAACGCAACCGGGUGCUCACCCGCCAGCCGAGGGUGAAGCGGGACAGCGACAGCAUCUCGUCUACGAACCAAAUAUCCCCGGACACGGCGGCCACCACCCUGGACUUUGAUCCAUUUAAUGCUGCGGGAGCUGCCACGAGUGUGACGGCCAGGGAUUAUUCCACCACGGGAUCGCACCAUCUGCACCAGCACCAGCCGCCGGCACACCAGCAGCAGCACCAUCACCAUCAUCUGCUGACGGUGCCGCCGCGGAUCGAGCGUCAUGCCUCGGAGCCAGCGCCCAGCCUGGGCUCCACCACGCCACACCUGCUCAGCGUGCCGUCCAGCACUCCGUAUCUCAUCAAGCAGCACUCGGAUCCGCUGCUGCCCCGCCAGUCCACCCUGCACAUAGCCGGCUCCAGCUCUGGAAUCACUGGCACAAAUCCGUAUGCUCCGCUGCACCGCCAAUACUCGCAUCCGCUGUCGGGGAGCAGUGCCAGCUAUGUACCACCGGCGACACUCCACCAUCCGCACCACAUUUCGCUGCCCGAGUCCAUCUACGCCUCGGGUUCACCGCCACCGGCCGGCUCCUCGCAGUACCUGGUACCCACAAGAGUGGUAGCCUGUCCGGCGGUGUCCAGCGAAACGGCGGCCACACCCACGAAUGCCAGUCCUGGCUCCUCGUCGGCGGUGGCAGCUGCCGUGUCCGUGGUUACCUCACCCACUUCUGGACUUCAUAAUAGCAGCAGUGGCGGCAGUCGGCAGUCCUUUUCCCCUACCUACGCGGGUGGCUCGGAAGGAGGAGCUCCAGAGCGAAGAUCCCCACACUCGCCGACCAUUGCACGAAUACAGAUUGUGGAGCGGAAUAAGGGAGAGGCCGCCAAUGGGGGCGGUGGUGGCGGGGGGUCGAGGCUGCGCAAUUCCAAAUCCGCCUCGGGCUCCAUGAGUGGCAGUCAUCUACAUCCCGGCCAGGCCACGAUGAGCAGUUCAUUCGAGCAUUUGCCCACGCUGCGCGUCAAGAACGAGGAGCUGCAGCGAUCGGUGUCAUCUCCGCAGACCCAACGGGAGAUCAUUACCCUGGAGAAUCCGCGUUCUAGUCAUUGUCCUGUCAUCCGGCCGGGUCCGGCGCUGGGCUGCAACUUCUGCUGGAAUACCAUCGAUGGGCAUGGCCGAAUUUUGCGACGCAAAACGAAAUACCAUUGCCCCGAAUGCCAGACGAAUUUAUGCAUUGUGCCGUGCUUCCAGGAGUACCAUGCGCGGCUCGACAAUGAGACGGCCGCAGCGGCGGCGAGUUCAAGCGGAGCGGCAGGAUCCGGGGAGAAUCAAUUGCUCAGCAGCAGCACGGGAUCGGGUUCGGCCAGCAGUAGCAGUGGCAAGGCAUCGCCGUAUGUUUCAGGCAGCAGUGGAACGGGCUCGGCUCGGCCUUAUACCAAAACGGAAUCGAUAUAAUCAACAUCAGGAGCUGGAGCCCGCACAUUUGUAUUUGUGGCAGGACGGCCGCCAAGGGGAUGACCCUAAGCCUAAGGAUCACCCGGAUAAGCGGUCGGCUGUCUGUGGAAUUUGUUUUUUUGUCAGCAGGAAGAGCGAUUGAUCGAGGGAUCAAUCAAACCUGCAUCGAAAUUUUCAUUUGUUGUCCAGUCUGUGCAUCCUGGAGACAUCCAGGAGCACAGAAACUGGCAAGGGCGGAGCAAAGAUGCAAAGCCGGAGAUUUGUUUUUUGAGACGUGCCCAAGAGUACGCAAAAAAGAAAAGAAAACUUUGGGAGCUACUCCGCGGAGUAGCUCGACUUUUUUGUAGAAUCGCUAAAUGUAAAACUAUGUUUAUAUGUGUAUGUACCUAUAUGUAUAUGUGUAUGUUAUUGUACAAAAAAAAGAAAAAAAAAAAACAAAACAAAACGAAACAAACUAAAAAAAAAUCAUAAAAAAAUACAAUUAAAGAAAAUAACGUUGACGGCGGUGCAGCAGCCAAGCGGUGCGACUUCUGAAGCUCGAAUUACGAUUAGGUUUUCACCAAGUACAACUACGACUACAACAACAACUAAUCCUCACCCAAAUCCGACCCGACCUCGGUCUAUACUUAAGUACGUCCCAGCACCAUUUUGCCGGGCACCGCUGCGCAGGCGCACGAAUUGUCAAGAGGCCCACAAGAAACUACAAUUGUUUUACUAAAUGUUUUAUAUGUAACAUAUAAAUGAUAUAUGGGACAGGCGCAUAGGGAUCAUCGAUCCCCUGGAUCGGGUUCUCGGGGCUGGUCUAACUCUGAGUGUAAAGUACUAUAUAUUGUAAACGAUAACGAAAUAAAAUAAAUGCUUGUGACGACGAAA